CUUCUCCUUCACUGAGGCUAAGCUCAGAAUCGACCGCAACAAAAUCACCACAAAACCCUAGAGAGAGAUUUUCCUGAUUUAUUUCUAUUUUCUGUUUCGAACUGGUUAUGGUGUCUCUAAGCCCUAACCCACCAGCUCAACAUUUCUACAUGGAUCCGAUGAAAAUGGGCUUGCCCGGUCUCAACUCUCUACCCACUUCGACGAGUAACAAUACGGCUAGUGUUGUGAGCGGGGCAUCGAAUUCGGAUUCGGAUGCGGUCUGGGAGUUGUCGGAGGAUCCGAGUAAGAAGAUACGGAAGCCCUAUACCAUCACCAAGUCCAGAGAGAGCUGGACCGACCAAGAGCACGACAAGUUCCUCGAGGCCCUUCAGCUCUUUGAUCGUGACUGGAAAAAGAUCGAAGCAUUUGUGGGGUCAAAAACAGUCAUACAGAUACGUAGUCAUGCCCAGAAGUACUUUUUGAAGGUCCAAAAGAGUGGGAAAGGUGAACAUGUACCUCCCCCUCGACCCAAGAGGAAAGCAGCUCAUCCUUAUCCCCAAAAAGCCGCUAAGAACGCUCCAGUGGCGUCCCAAGUUACAGGACUAUUUCAGUCAUCGAGUGCUGUGCCUGAUUCCAGAUACGUUCUAAGGCCUGAUUCAUUGUCGCAUCCUGAAAACUCAAUAAGUUUUGCCCCGUCAGCUUAUUGGACUUGCAAUUCUGGGCCAUCUGUCAAUGUGUCACACAUCACAAAAGAUGAAGUGGGAGUAACGAGCAGCAGUAGUAAUGAAAGCACCCCGAAGAUGUGCAUGAAUCGUGAAACGAACUAUCAAGGAAAGGGAGAAGUCAGCAAGCCUGUGAGAGUUAUGCCAGAUUUUGCAAAGGUAUACAGCUUCUUAGGAAGUGUUUUUGAUCCCAAUACAUGUGGUCACUUGCAAAAAUUGAAGAGCAUGGAUCCAAUAAAUGUUGAGACGGCAUUGCUGUUAAUGAAGAACCUUUCUGUCAAUCUAACAAGCCCUGAAUUUGAGGAUCAUAAAAAGAUGUUUUCAUCUUAUGAUGCUGAUGCAGAGAAGGCUAAGUCCAGUUUCCUUGGCAAUAAUUUCCAUGUUUGUAAACCAGAGAAUGCUAUUGCCUCUGUUUAAGAAGUGAAAGGUUGAUCAGCAGCAGAGAAGGAGAAUAAGUAUGUGAGCUUUGGUUGCUACCAACGGUUGAUUGAUGGAGAUUACUUGUGUGUACAAAUUAUGGAUGUGUACUAUGUAGCAUCUAGUGUGACAAACUCAGUCAUGGAGCUGUUUUGUUAAUACCCGGCUUUCGCUUUUUCUGCUUUGUGUACAUAUACGGCAAUAGUAAUGUUUGACAUGUAGUUGUGUAACUAAUUGUGGGGACCUUAAACACACAUUUUCAAGCUUUGAUGACAGGAUGUUUCCGUUGAAGCCAUGUUUUUUUAGGAUUUAUCCGGUAGUGAGUUUUGUUCUUAUAGAUUAAUCUUUGUGAACGAUUACAGCCAUUUUCUGUUUGUUUCGUCUGUUGACGCGUGAAUGGAUUUCUAUUGUUUCUUUGGAGCAA